AUGGCGGACUUCAUCGUGAAACUCUGGGAAUCCAUCUUCACCCCAGGCCCGACACCCACCCUCCUCAUCGCGACCAACGUGACCUUCGCUGCUCUCCAGUCUCUACUUUUCGUCCUCCUCCUUGCGACCUAUAGCAUACACUUUGCCAUUCUUUCCAUCCUCUCGGGCGGCCUAUGGUAUAGCAUAAACUGGUUCGCCCGCGAGCUAUCGGUUCACGCCGAGCAGGAGGAGAAGAAAGCCCGCCUCGCGGCGGCGUCUGGGGAGACCAACGCGGCCACCGGCGCCGUACACACAGAUGAUAGCGACACCGAGGUCGAGGGGCCGGUUGGCCAAAAGAAGAAGAAGGGAUCCAAGCCGGUCGCUGGUAGCAGCCAGGUCGAGACGGAGGAACAGAGACAGGCGGCCGAGUUGAAGCGUCGGGUCGCUGCGGCUGCGGAAUCUGGUGCCGAGAGUAGCAACGUGGAGGGGACGCAUUCGAGCGUGAGCACCGAGGACGAGUGGGAGAAGGUUUCAGAGGCCGAGAAUGAGAAGGAUAAAUAA